UCCUCCUCCUCUCGCCCCCCGAGCGCCAAAGCCAAGCGAGCGAUGCCUCUGAGCGGACCGGCAGCCUUCCUCAUCUUCUCCUUCCUCAUCUUCUUCCUCCUCCUCCUCUUCUCCCUCUCCAGAAGGAACCGGAGCCACAAUAGCAGCAGCAGGAGAAGCAGCAGCAGCAGCAGAGGCUUUUCUUCUUCUUCCUCCUCCUCCUCGCCGCCGCCUUGGGCUCUGGCUCUCGCCUUGUUCAGAACCACCAUUGGAGCGGACGGCAGCGGCGUUGGGUCUCCUCUUCUCCUUCUGGGUCUCUCUUCAGCCCUGGAUCCCGCUUUGUGCAAAGUUUGCCUCUCCUCCUCUUCUUCUCCUUCCUCACGACCGGCUUCAGUGCGUUGAUUCUUGGAAGGAGAAGAAAGCAAAACAAUUCAACCUCUCUCUAUGGCACGAUUCCUUUUUUUCUCCACCUGCCUUUUUUGAUUUCCUGAGGAUUUAAACGCGCCACAAGACUCGCUCUUUCUUCCCUCCGUGGACCUCGACAAACAACUCACCGGGAAAGGAUUUAAUCUCCGGCUUUUGGAAGAAAUACACUUAUAAUAUUUGGAUUUUUUCCCUCCGCUUCGUCUUAUAUUGUACCUCGGCGGGAGUUCUUUCUUCCUUCGAGAGUUCCCCGAGAAUCCCCUUAUUUGCUCGCCUUCUCCUCCCCCUGCAAAGGGGAGUAAACAAGAACCACGAGGAGGAAAAGGAAUAUGAGGGUGUCGUGGUUCACUUUCGCCUUCCUUUGGGGGACUUUCUGUACAAGGCCGGGCCAUGGCGAGGCAGAGACAAGGGAAUGCAUCUACUAUAAUGCCAACUGGGAACUGGAAAAAACCAACCAGAGUGGAGUGGAGCGCUGCGAAGGGGAGAAGGACAAGCGCCUCCACUGCUAUGCUUCCUGGAGAAACAACUCUGGCUCCAUUGAACUGGUGAAGAAAGGAUGUUGGCUUGAUGACUUCAACUGUUAUGACAGGCAGGAAUGUGUGGCCACAGAAGAGAGUCCACAAGUGUUCUUCUGCUGCUGUGAGGGGAACUACUGCAAUGAGAAAUUCACUCACUUACCUGAAGUCAGCGGUCCGGAAGUCGUAUAUGAGCCUCCUCCACCGACUCCCUCUCUGCUCAACAUUCUGGUUUACUCUCUGCUUCCAAUCAUUGCCCUCUCCAUCGCCAUUCUCCUGGCCUUCUGGAUGUAUCGUCAUCGCAAGCCGCCGUACGGACAUGUUGAUAUUAGUGAGGACCCAGGGCUGCCGCCACCUUCUCCUCUGGUUGGACUUAAGCCAUUGCAAUUACUAGAGAUCAAGGCAAGAGGCCGCUUUGGUUGUGUCUGGAAGGCGCAGCUGAUGAAUGACUAUGUAGCAGUGAAAAUCUUCCCCAUACAGGAUAAGCAGUCCUGGCAGAGCGAGCGGGAGAUUUUCAACACCCCAGGCAUGAAGCAUGAAAACCUCUUGCAGUUUAUUGCAGCAGAGAAGCGAGGAACCAACCUGGAGACAGAGCUGUGGCUGAUCACAGCUUUUCAUGACAAGGGCUCUCUGACUGACUACCUGAAGGGAAACAUUAUUAGUUGGAAUGAACUCUGUCAUAUGGCUGAAACAAUGGCUCAUGGACUCUCCUACCUGCAUGAAGAUGUCCCUUGGUGUAAAGGAGGACACAAACCUGCUAUAGCACACAGGGACUUCAAGAGCAAAAAUGUAUUGUUGAAGAGUGACUUGACAGCUGUGCUAGCUGACUUUGGAUUGGCUGUACGGUUUGAACCUGGAAAACCUCCAGGAGAUACCCAUGGACAGGUGGGAACAAGGAGGUACAUGGCUCCUGAGGUCUUAGAGGGAGCAAUAAACUUCCAGAGAGACGCUUUCCUAAGAAUAGACAUGUAUGCAAUGGGGCUAGUCUUGUGGGAGUUGGUCUCCAGAUGCAGAGCAGCUGACGGUCCCGUGGAUGAGUACAUGCUGCCCUUUGAAGAAGAGAUAGGACAGCACCCAUCCCUUGAGGACCUCCAGGAGGUGGUAGUUCACAAGAAGAUGCGCCCUGCAUUCAAGGAUCACUGGCUUAAACAUCCUGGUUUGGCGCAGCUUUGUGUCACGAUUGAGGAAUGCUGGGACCAUGAUGCAGAGGCACGCCUAUCUGCAGGUUGUGUAGAGGAAAGGAUUUCUCAGAUACGCAAAGCAGUAAACGGUACUACCUCGGACUGCCUCGUUUCCAUCGUGACCUCCGUCACCAACAUGGACUUGCUGCCCAAAGAAUCAAGUAUCUAAAUCCUGGUUCACUUUUUUUUUUGGUCCUUCCAGACUCAGUGGAUUUAUUAAAAAAGAAGUUAAACCACAAAUCCAACACAAACACACACAUGAAUGCAGCUGCUAUUUUAAUCUUGACUUUUUAAAUUGUUAUUAUUAUUGUUGUUGUUAUUAUUAUUGUUUUGAUUGGAUCAAUUUUACCAGCACAUUGCUCUACUGUAUUAAAAUGAAAAAAAGAGGACAUCUCAGCAAGCAUUCGGGUGCCGACUAAUGAAUGCAGAUACGGUGCAGGUACCUCAAAACCUCAACGGACUCACUUCAUCCUCCUUACAAUCCUGCUUUCUGAGUUUUCUCUUUUACUGGUUUGUCUUUUUUUACACAGAAUAUCAACAAUCUCAAGAAAACAACUUAAGUCAUCUGCAAGACAUGCUGCAAACUUUAAGACUGUUACAUAAGAUCACACCUCAAAAUGGACUUUCCCCUUAACUUUUCCUUUUCUUAUUUCUUUUCUAUUUUAGACAGUGAGUUUUAAAAAGAAAGAAAAAGCAGAUGUGUCUUUUACGGGUCUAACGGGUGUUGUUGUUAACAAUGGGGGAGGGAGGGAGAAGAAACUGAAAAGAGAAUGUUAACUCUUUGAUGGUAGACAUGAAAGUGAAAAGUUUAGUAAAUAGGGCUGGGAGAAAGAGAACGUUGGACUUCUGCAGCAUUUGGAGAAACACCUGCUAUGGAGCUACUUCUCAGGUAAACUGUUAAUGAGAGGAAGGGCAAGUUUUGAGGCAGAGUAUUCAGCUGCUGCAGAGUACAGAGAAAGUUGGGUCACAGAGAAUCACUGAUAGAAAUGGUUUUUUUAAAAUAUCUCAGGCUUUAACAGUGUUAAAAAGAAAAGAAAACCUUUAUCUUAUAUUUAUAAGUUCAGAGAAUUCGAUACUGGGAUUGACCUAUUGCAGAUUCCCUACCAGGUUUUCAACAGGACAGUGUUAAAAAUUCUGCUUUUUAAAAUAUACCAAAAUAUGAAGGAAAAAAUGAUUAAACUAAAUGGCUGACAAUGAUGCAACUAAAUAUUAACACACAGUAUAGAAGGCUAGGUAGACUGAUCUGAAGUAUGCCCCCAUCCCCCUAAGUGGCACUGAAACCAGUGGGAUAUACUUCCAAGUAAAUAUGUUUAAGGUUUGACAUUUAUCUGUUUCCAAAUUUCCUGAUUUCAUAAUUAGAGAAUAUGCAUUUCCAAGGAAGUGUGUUUAGGGCAUGGCAAUUUUAAGCUAGUUUCAAACUUGUUUAACUGCAUUAAACUACCUACCAUGACAUUUUAGGAACUGUAGAAGAGUCCAUCUUUGUAACGGAAGUAUCAAUGCCUUUAAACACAGGCAUGGGCAAACUUGGGCCCUCCGGGUAUUUUGGACCAACUCCCACAAUUCCUAACAACCUACUGGCUGUUAGGAAUUGUGGGAGUGAAGGCCAAAACACCUGGAGGGCCCAAGUUUGCCCAAGCCUGGUCUAGCACGUCACUCAAUUUGAAACAGGCUUUAAAACAAUUUGUGUUUGUUGCAUAGGUGUGUAUAAUGUAUCUGGCUGGUCAUGUUUUCAUCGACUAAGCCUGAGAAAGAUAGACACAUGCUACUUUUAAGUAAGAUUUUCAAUGAAGUUUACUCCCAAGUUAGGCAAUGCAUAUGUUGACAGUCCUCUCAGCGGUUAUUUUAAUUCUGUAUUCUCUGAACUCUGUCACCCAACUCUUUCGUCUUUACAGUGGUGCAUAUUUUAAAGACAGCUAAUUCUAUUAUGCCAUAAACUCGCUCUAGUCAGUGAAUGUUCCUAAUGCUGCUGAUUCAACAUUUAAAUAUUUUUUUAACUUGCAAAACAUGCAAUGAUUUUUUUAAAGAAAAAUUAAGAACACACAUACACAUUACGUGGCUUCCGAGGUUUAAACUAAAAAAAUGUUUUGAAAAAAACUUCAUGACCACAGACCACCUCAAACCAGAAAUACCUCAGAAUUUUCUACUUGUAUGAGUUUUAUUAUAUAUUUUGUUAGUUGUGUUGUCUUGUAGUAUGUAUAUUUUAAUGUAAGUUGGCUUUUAUGACAAGGGAGUUUUACAAAAAGAAAAAAUGAAGAAAAAAAGUUCAAAAAUCUUUUAGGAAGUGCUACCAUUAUUUCAUUUGUUUUGAUUUUCAUAAAGCGCCAUUGUAAAUAAGAGAAACAGUUUUAGAAUAACUGCCUAUCUAAGGUUCCUGGGCAUUAUUCACUAUUAUUUGUGAAAGCUUUUUCCAUUCUUUUACUUUUUGGGUAGUAGGAGCACAAGAUGUUUUAGUAAUGAAAACAAGUGCAUCAUUUCCUCUCCAUUAAAUAGUUCUAAUUCCUCCUUGGAUACAACAUCAAUCAAAAGAUAAAAUGUGUUUGUUUAAACACAAACUAUUUAACUAAUGAUAACAAGAUUAGUGGUAUAAGAAUGAUCACCCAUUAAAAAAACACACAAGCUGAAACCUGAUUUGACAGGCCACCAUGUUGUUGGGCUGCAACUCCCAGCAGUUGCAGUUGACAUAGCCAGUGUUGAGAAAUUAUGGGAGCUACAGUUCAACAAUAUCCAAAAGGUCACACAGUUCCCAUCCUUGCUAUAUUUUUUUGUGCUAAAACAGUUCCACAAUAUGGGUUGAAUCCAGAUUUAGGCACACACAACUCAGCUGGUGAACAGAUUUUACUACUUCCUUCCAAUAGCAGUUCCUCUACAAAUAUUACACCAAAAAGUUGGGUGAAGCACUUAUCCAUGAGCCAAGUUCCAUUUAUGGAAGGUGCCUUACAUCCAGAUUUUGAGCAUUCCCUCAUCCCAUUUAGCCUCUUCCAUCACACAGCCAACCAUCAUCACAGCCCUGCAACUCUUUAUGUAGCCUUUUCCAGGGACAACAGCAGUGGUUCUCAACCUAUGGAUCCCCAGCUCCCAGUGGCCUACAACUCCCAGAAAUCCCAUCCAGUUUAUCAGCAGUUAGGAUUUCUGGGAAUAGAAGGCCAAAACAUCAGGGGACCCACAGGUUGAGAACCACUGGACGAGUGCAACUAACAGGGAGAAGGGAACAAGGAAGUCUGCUUUCACCAGCAUUGUUCCUACUGUACUUGGAUUAUUCUAGAAUAGUUGGGAUCAUCUAUCGGUAUGGGUCUCACUGUAUUUUUAAGAAUAUCUGAGUGAGAACAAACAUUCCUAGAUGCGUAUGUUGAUACUGAGGUGCGCAAAAGAACAUAUCUAUUUUGAUAAGAAAGAGGGGAACUACAUACAACAUUCAAAGAUAAUGCUGCAUAAGAAAAUGCAAGUGUGCCUCAUGUUUCCAGCCGCUAUCCAAGAGUUAGAGAUGCUGGUAGUGAUCAUGCCAUCCCUUCCCACAUUGUGUUUCCCCUAAUGCAGAUGGACUCCAGAAGUAAGGGAAGAGGAAAGCCCAUUUGUAAGCCCUAACUAGCUGCUGCAAAGGAGCAUUUGGAUAAACACCCUGAUGUGUGAGCCCACUGCACCAGUCUUAAAUUUCAGUUUCUUUGGAGUAAAUACCAUUGAAAAGUAGUGGGAUUAACUUUUAAGUAAACUAGUUUAGGACUGGGAAACAUGGGCUUUUAAAUUAAGAAAUGUAUGUUCAAUAUAAAUGCAGUCCCCCUUUUCUGAAUGUCAAAAUGAACCCAUUUAUAAUUUUUACUGUUGAAGCGUAAUGGUCCAUAGUGAUAGUUAGGCAAAACUAAACUUAAGUCUUACAACAGAAAACUUUUUGAGCAAAUACACCCCCCCCCCCCAGAUGCCCUUCACUAUAUUUCUACAGCAUACUAACUGUACUUUGUUAAUUCACAAACCUAGCUUUGAUUGUCUCUGGAAAAGGGAGUAUUUUAGAAAAUACAUAUUGGUGCCCUAGAAAAUCAAGAGCUGCUAAUGAAACUAAGAGAUGUGUUCAGUUUGUGAUCCACUGUAUGUUGUGGUUUGCCAAGAAUUUUGUGGCUCCCUUAUUGUUGCAUACUCUAACAAGGAAAGGUUGUUUUUUGUUUUAAAAAAGCAUCUGUUAAGUCCCUUGUGCAAGACAUGGACUACAAUGACAUAAUAUGGGUAAAGACCUUUUAUUUUUAUCUUUAUGAUUGAUGUUAUGAAGAGGAAAGCUUUGGGGGAAAAGAACAAUUAAGAUGAAAUAAACCUUGAACCUAUAUAUCUUCUUAAAUGUAAUGUUUAAGAUCCAGGCUCUUGAUAUCAGUGGGAAAAAUGUGCUGUCUUUUAAUUAUUGUAAUAACUGCUGCUUUGGAUAUCAUUCUUUCUUGCAGCAUUAUUUAUGUCAUAGCUAAAACAGGGUUAUUACAGCAGUUGCUUUGCUUACAAACACACACCAUCCUGUUUCCUUUAAGAAACUUUAAAGUAUUUACUGAAAGUGCCAUAUGAGUUAUAGCCUACCGGACAGUGUCCUCAACCUUCUCUUUAUUUAAAGGGAGAAGCACAUACACACAUAUACAUAACCUUCACUCCUGGUUGCUAUAGAGUUGUUUCUAUUGCAGGGCACUGUAGGGUUUGCAAUCUUUAACCAAAAUUAACUGGUUUAUAUCCAUUAAAGGCAUCUCUUCGCUUGUACUGUAAUUUCUUACAGAUCAUUUUGUCAUUAGCUCAUUAAGCAAAAUGCUGGUCACCUACAAACUAAGUAUAAUCACCAACCCAAGGCACUCCUUUCUACAACAUCUGCACCCACAUUUGCACAUAGUAUAUUGUGGUGUUUAAAUAGGCAUAUUAAAUAGCUAAUAUGCAGCAUUCUCAGCUGAAUGAUCAGAGAUUUCCUCUACUAUUUAAAACAAGUGCCCAUUAAUAUCUUCUAGUCUUCCUGGCUCUUGAUUAUGGUAUAUGGUUAAUUAAAAAUGGUAUCUUGUUAUAGCAGUAGGGUAGUUCACUAUAGAUGCAGCUAUGCUUAAAAAUAAAUUCUUCCCAAAACUAAUCAGGUGUUAAGGUAUCUGCGCCAAUUGCUGUCAUUAAAUCUGCCCCACAGUGCUGUUCUAAAAUAGUUCACUUGCUGAAAUACUGACUUUUAGAGCAGUUAUAUCAAAUAAAGACUGAGUGGGCCUUUCUCAUAAGUACCAUAUAUACUCAUGUGUAAGUCGAGAGCAGAUUUUGGGACCAAAAUGAUAGAUUUUGAUAUGACCCAUAAAUAAGCUGUGGGUCAUUCUAUAAAGAGAGGAAGGCACGAAUGCUGCCUUGGAGGGCCACCUACACUCAUUGCCACUGCUGCCAUUUCCCCACUUCGGCAUUAAAAAAAGACCAGAAGCAGCACCACAAUGGUGAGAGUAAAGGGGAUUGGUACUUUUUUUAGGUUCUCCUACGUGUUGCACAUUUUAUUUCCCCAAAACAACAGAAUUACAUGUAAAGCAAGCUACUGUUUUCUGUGAAUGAAAAUUUUACAACGACUGAUUUACAUUUUAAUCACAUAAGGGGGGCUCCAUGUGAUAGUUUGGGAAUGGCGGUCAUACCACUGCAGUUCUCAUAUAAUUUGCUGCACUUCCCUCCUUGACAUCCACCUGGAGCCUUCAUUUUCACAUAAAGCCCUCAUAUGUUUCAACAGAUGAUAGGUGUCAAUAUAUUUGCUCAAACUUUUUAUAGUGUUUGCAAUCUUCCUACAUACCAUUACAAAUGAAGUUUUCCUUUUCACAUUGGAGAAUCAACAGAUGGUUGACUAACUAUAGCUGUUGCUAUUAAAAGAGAGAUAAAAAGCUGGUGUUUGUAAUCAACUGUUGCUAGCAGAAACAGUAAUUUAUAAUCCAAACAUCUCCCUACUGAAAAUUGGCUUCAGUCCAGAGAACUCCUUGCAGAAGUAGAAGGUACUUCCAAGGAGACAGUUUGUAACUGAGAUUUUUAGAGAAAAUAAACCACUCUGCAGAGAAAAUGAAUUGCAGUGAAUUUGUGGGGAACGAAUUAAGCAUGCCCCAUUCAGCUACUCACUCAUGCAGAUGGGAAGGGGCAUGCCUUUCUUUGUGAGCAUGCCUUCUGCAUUUCUGGGCACUCUCAAAGGCUAUAAAACUGCAAAAUGAACAUGGAGCUUCUGCUUUAUACUUUUCAUUAUCUGGAAAUCUUCUACAACUAUAUUCCCAAAUGCUGAAAAGUAUUCAUGGUUUCUACUGGUGUCGAACAUUCAAGUAUAUGACCGUUAAUGCUACAUACUAUGUGCAUUUGACACUUCCAGAGGUAUAGAAUUAACUACCUGUAUAUAUAUACAGAAGUAUUAAGAUGGAGAAGACAGAAGGAUGAAUAUCCUGUACGUGUGUGUAUAUAUAUUUACACACACACUUACAUACAUACACACACUUUCGCACACAGCAUUGUGUUUUUUCUUCCCUAUUUAUAAAGAAAAGAAAUUCAGAUUGUAAAGGAUGUGUAUGAAGCCAAAAAUAUGAUACUGACGCUACUGCAGUUCUCUCAUGGAGAGUAGUUCAUUUGUGGAGUUAAGCAGGAAGCAUCCAGUGCUAUCAAUAUGAAUAAUAAUUAAAUUAUAGUGCUCAUUUUAAAAACAUUGUCUACGUUAAUGGAAGGGGAAACACUUUUUAAAAAAUGCAAAGUUACAUCUAAAAAUAAUUAUUUACUUUGUAUAAUGGGUGAAAAUUUACUUUGCAAGAAAUAAUUUUUAACAGUCUUAAUACAUUUCCUUGUCUAAGAAAACCUGACAAAAUUGAUAAGUUUGCCAUAGUUCACAGGCAACAUGAAGGCACAUACAGACAAGUCAUAUAAAGAAAAAGUAAUAUAAAAUGUGUAUUUUCAACAUGUGAAACAGUAUUAGAAAGGUGGCUUGAAUUAAUUGGCAACAUACUAUAGGGUAUUCAUUCCUUCUGACAAAAAGCCUUUUGAUUUUUCUCCAUGACUUUAACAAACACCACUACUGAACAAUUGUCAUACAAAUUUCUAAUGGAAAACAGAUUUACUUCUGUUUUGUGGUAAGCUGUAAGACUUCAUACAUUAAUCACUUAAGAAAAUCACAAUUUGGAUUUCUACUCUCCAACAUAUUAGCAGUUUUAUUUUAUAGUGAUUAUGUAUGAUAAUAUGAUCUGUAAUGAAAUAUGUUGUUAAUAUUAUUUUGGCACUGGAUCCUGUAACAGUGAUAAAGCACUGCCAGACUGAAAUUCUAAAAAACAGUAAACAGAAGGUAAAAGAGUUUGGGUUUCCCAAUAGCUCUGGUACAAAGGUAACAUCUCCUAAUCUCCUAACCAAGAAUAUAAAACCAGACAUGCAUGAUCCAGCCCUUGCCUUUUCAUUUUGCCUUUAAUUCAUGAUGUCUGCAGGAAUUUAAUACUAAGCUUAACCAAAGAGAUUGGGAAAUGUUACAGCUGAAUAUGCCUGAAAUACAGACUGCAAGUUCUAUGAAGUUAAACUCACUUGGGCAACUUAACAAAGUCCUCAACCCUUUCUCUGGAGGUUUUUAAGCAGAGGCUGGAUGGCCAUCUGUCAAGAGUGCUUGGAUUGUGUCUUCCUGCAUGGCAGAAUGGGAUUGGACUGGAUGGCCCUGUGGUUUUUUCCAAGUAUGAUUCUAUGAGUGUUAUAAUCUAAAACAUGAAAGUGUGUUCUUGUGUAUCUUUUCAAGCCAGAUCCUAGUGCAUUUCCACACUCUUCAGUGCUCACUCUUUUGUCAUGCUUUAGCACCAAGUAUAGAAUCAUGUUAGUCAACUUCAUUUUCCAUUAUGCUACCAGAAGACAAAAUUCCUAGUGCAUUUUCCAGAAUCUGUCCGGUCAAUAUAUUUUUUCACAUUUGCCCUUUAAAAAAAAAGUCCUAAUUUAGGAAAGAGUUCAGUUCUUUUUAAAAUGUUUAAUAUUGUUUUAUUGUAACAACUCUACAGAAAGGAUGUUCUUUGAUUAUCUGACAGUUCUGAAGUCUAACACUGUUUGUGCCUUCACUUAUUUUCAUGCAAAGCAACUGCUGUAAGCUCUUAGCAUUCUAACGUUUUUUUUCACCAAGGGGUAGGUUGGGAGAGAGAAAGUGCUUUUCAUUGCCCUGUUGUUAUUUCUGGAUUUAGUCUGUGAUCCAGGUAUUUCAAGAACCAGUUACCUCAAACUUCACAUUAAACAGUGUUGCUUUCUGGAUUCUUCUUCAUACUGCAAGACUGUAACUUACACAGGCAAGGAAUCAUGCUACAUAUGGGUGUGUUUAUAUAUAAUAUAUAUGUGGAAAAACUGAAAUUUACCCCAAGGACUGAAGCUUACAAAUAAAGAAGCUUGCGAUUUCUCCCAAUGUUAAACCAAAAGAACUUCUUUGUCAAGCUUUCAAUUGCAUUGGAUGUAUGUCACAGUAAAAGGGUGUUACUGAAAAGUGCUUCCUUUCCUUGAUAUUUGGAUUCCUACUGUUUUCAGUGUUUUGAUGGUUGUCUAGUCAAUGUUACUUUAAAGGUCUAACGGCAAAUGUGUGCCAAGAGUUAUACAUGAUUAUUUCCUGAUGGGUACAACUUGGACAAAGCACAGAACAAGAUUUCACUGAGCCCUUUAAUAGAGACUGAUCUUCCCCUUUACCCUUUAUGCAGCAAAUUAGAGCACGACCAUUUUCUCUGGAAUGAAAUCUAUAGCAUUAUUUUCACUAAUCUUGGUUUUGUGACAGGUGGAGAAACAGAAUGUUUCAAACCUACUGAAACAAUUUUUCGAUACUACAGUAACUUUUAUUUCUGACCAUCAAUGCAUAAAAUUAAAUGUGUGGUUUUACCAAUACAAAAGUGAUCUCCCCACUAAAAUGUAAAUUUAACAGCGGGAUGGAGAACAAUUUUCCCAUCCGAAAUCUUUUUUAUAGGAUCAGUGUAUCAGAUAUUUGUGAAAUAUCUGUUAAGUGGUUGCAGGGUAAAGGGACUUGAUAUCCUUCCCCCCAGGCAUCCUAUGAGUCACCAAGUUAGUUUCUGAUGUUUGACGCCUAAAAAAAGGAGUUAUUGCAUAUUUCAAAACAAGUCUUUCGGUCUCCAGUUUGCUGUCCUACAUUUGCACAAUGCCAGGGCAUUCUUCUUGUCAAUCCACUCGCUGCCCACUUAUGGGAACUGAAGCCUACAGUUUUUCACCUGUGAAUAUUUGUCACAUAUUGUCUUUACCGUUUGGUGAAUUUUCUACUGUAAAGUUGAUCUCAGUACAGUUUGUCAGUUCUUGUGGAAAGAGCUUUCUGCAUUGUUUAGUACCACUGCAGUAAAAUAUACAGUACAAAACAAAAUUUAGGGUAAAGUUUCAGCCGAAGAGAAACAUUCAUGUUUAGUGAUAGUUCAUUUGAUCAGCUACUUCAAAAUGGUAUGCUUUAUUUAAGAAAACUGAAAUAAAGUCCUAAAACUAGUCUAGCAUAGUGAGGUGUGUGUAUCAGUUUUAUGAUGAAUAACUAUGUCUGUGUUACUUAACGUGUACAGAGAAAGUCUGAAUGGAAAUUUGCAGUAACCUGCUUCUGCAAGGUUUCCACUUUGAUUUCGGAAUAAACUCCAGAAUUAAGUAACUAGUUUAGGAAAUUGCUAAAUGCAGAAAGCUCUACCAGAUGGUAAAAUAAUUGAAAAGAUUAUUGGUCCUUGGCUCAAAUUCCAGUGUACUGUUUGUAUACCAAGAUAUGUGAAAUGUAAAUGUUGUAGGUUAUAUUUCACUCUUGUAGCUAAAAAAAAAGUAGACCAGACAUAGCUUGUACUACUGAGUUAACAAAAGUUAUCCUAAAGUAUCCACUUUAAAAUGUAUACAGAGUUGAGCUCAUUGCUGUAACCCCUUUUGGAUUGAAAAGUGUGCUGAUUUUUAUAUAUAUUAUAUAUAUUAUAUAUAAAUAUAGAUAUACAUACGUAAGAUGCCCUAAAGAAGACAUCCACUGUACUGCAGUUAUGAAAAUGAAAACGUUUUUGAAACAUUGUAUCAUAAUUCAUCAAAUUUGCAAUGGAUCUUUGUUCCUUUUUACUGUGGUAUUUUAGAAACAAGUCUCAUGUUUGAAUUUAGAUCUGCCAAGUUUGGGUAUUGCUGCUUCAAUUAAGCAUAGGGUGCCCGAAUAAACCAGUUAUGAAUGUAGUAUUUUUGUCCUGUGUGAAGCAGCUCCACUCCAACAAAUAGGAGGAAAAAACUAGAAAGAAUUAUUUCAAAUUUAUCUUUUUUGUAUAUUAAAAUAAAGAAUAAAUUACAA